UAUUUAAUUGAUAUUUAAUUGAUAUUUAAUUGAUAUUUAAUUGACUGAUGUUGUUAUUUGGUUAGGAAGUUAUAACUUAAAUUGUUUGUAAUACCUUUAGCCUUUUUUUGACUUUACGUAAUAAUCAUAAUAAAUCCUGUAAGAUGACAACUUACUGGAAGUCCCAAGAUCGCAAAUACUGUGAAUUUUGUAAGUGCUGGUUUGCAGACAACAAAGUAUCUAUAUCUUUCCAUGAAAAUGGGAAAAGGCAUAAAGAAAAUGUUAAAAAACACAUAUCCAAGCUUAGCAAGAAAAGUGCAAAGGAUUUCAAAAAACAGGAGAAGAUGGAAGAUGACAUGAAGAAGAUGGAAGCAGCAGCUAUGAGUGCUUACUUGAAGGAUGUUCAAAACAAUGCUGAUCUUACCUCUCAAAGUAUCAAUGAGUUGCUGGCCAAUUCUGGAAGUACUAGUAAAGAUAUUGUAGUGGCUUGUGACACUAUUAUAAAAGAAACUCCUGUUUGGCAAGAAAUCAAAAGUGAUGAUGGCAACAUUUACUACUGGAACACCGAAACAAAUGAGACAACGUGGGAUCCUCCAGAUAAUUAUUUAUCUUUGGCACAACAAGAAAAAAAGAAACUAAAAGAGAAAGAAGAACAAAAAAGGGAUAAGAUACUAAAGAAAGAGAAAGAGAAAGAAGCAAUUAUUGAAGUGAAAGCUCACAUGGCGCGAGAGAGCAUGAGAGAGUUUGCGGUAGAGAAAGAAAAACCAAUCCCUUACACAGUGCCUUUCGGACCAGCACCUUUGGUCAAGCCAUUUGGAACAUGGAAACCGGUUGUCAAAGAGCCCGAAAAAGUUAUCGACUUGCAAUUGCCAAAAACGAAGAAAGAAAUAAUUCCACCCCCGGUUGUAAUGGAGCCAGAGAAAGUUGUGUUCAAGGAGAAGCGAAUGGAAUCCCUCGGCGACGGACCCGUGGAGUUUAAGAAGAGAAAGUUUAAUAAUCCUAAACGAAAUAUGAGACAAAAAGUAGAUGAUGAUUAAUUAAUGAAUAUAUAUUUUUUAUGAAUUA